AUGGAUCACCACAGACCGUCAUGUCAGAGGGUAGUGACAUACCUCAGUCUCAGCUGCUGGCAGUGUUCAGGCUAUAGGGAAGCAGUGCAGAGUGUGGUAUCAGAGGUGUUAGUUCGUCCUCCGCAGCCUGACUUUUCAAGUAUCAGUGCAGUACCUGUGGACAGCGCCGAAAAGAAGGGCCUCCAGGUGGGGGGUCAGCUGCCAUGCAGUGGCCAGGCAGGGCCUCAGCAGCAGAACCAACAACUUUUUCUGACACCUGCUAGUCUUCAACUUGCUCAGCUGCAGGCCCAGCUUACACUCCAUCGCCUUAAACUGGCUCAGGGAGGCAAUACAGCCAACGCAGCUACUGCUCUCAAUCAGGUUCUUUCCAGUGUUGCCAUGUCCCAUCCCCUGUUCAACCAGCUACGGACUUCAACUUUGGUUGGGAACCCUCAGGGUGUGCUGCCUCCAGGGAUGCUUGGUUUUCCGUCUUCAAAUUCAACCAUAGGGGCCUUGGUUGGUGGGGGAUUAAAUCAGAACCAUGCAAAUGUGAGAUUAAACCAUCCUGCUGGAGGAGCCCAACAGGCUGGGGAUUAUGGAAAAAAGGCAGGGCCAGCUUACCCUUCUGAUACUGACAGGCGUCUUCAGUUUAAUGUAGUUGGGGGUACAUCUGCAGCAUCAGCCCCUGCCUGUGAUGGACAGUACUCAGUGAUAAACACUCUGCCAAAAAACAUGAACAAUUCUGGCUUUCAGAAGGAUUUUUAUGGACAUGAUAUGUUGGGGCAAGCUGGAUUCAAUGUCAAUGAGCAGAACAUUAAUCUUUAUAACCCUGCUGGACAUAAGGAGCAAUGGAAAGGCCCCACAAAUUUGAGUCACAGUGGAAAGGUGGAUAUGGUUUCUAAUGCUGCCAGUGUGUGGACAGCAGGUGGCCAGCCACUUCGGUCAAGAACUGAACUGUAUAACCCAGAGGAGCCAACCCCUGAUCCCAAGUUCAGUACCACAAGUGGGGUUUCCUCUUUUGGCUCAGGUAGCAGCCAGGGGUUUGGAGGCUACCAGCCCAUGCAUGGAAGUGAGGAAACAUUAUCUACAGGUACUAGGACACUUCAACCUUACCAAGUCAACGAUUACCAUGCUGUCACACCCACUCAACUGCCGCACCAGUGUAGUAUCUGUGACAAGAAGGUCUACAACCUCAAAGACUGGGACCAGCAUGUGAAAGGAAAACUACACCUACAGAACCGAAUGUUGUACACAAAUGACAGCUCCGCAGUUGUAUCAGCUGGAGCUGUUCACUAUACUCUUGGCAGGCCUUCGGAUGGCAGUCUGAGCACUGGCGGCGCAAACUCCAUGGUUUACUCUGCUACGAGUCAAGAUGUAUCAGGAGCCAAUGCAUCAUACUUGCCAGCUGCAGCUAUGAAGACGUAUCCCAUGUCAGACGCAGGAUUUGCCUCACAGCAGACAGAGUCAAAGCCUUUCCCACCAAGAAAGGCCACACCAGGUCGAGUGGUUCACAUCUGCAACCUCCCUGAAGGCAGUUGCACAGAGAAUGAUGUCAUCAAUCUGGGGCUACCUUUUGGCAAAGUCACCAACUACAUACUCAUGCGCUCUACCCAUCAGGCAUUUUUGGAGAUGGCGUAUGUAGAAGCAGCUCAGGCCAUGGUUCAAUACUACCAGCUAACUCCGGCUGUGAUUAACAAUCAGAAACUUCUCAUACGAAUGUCAAAGAGGUACAAAGAGCUGCAACUCAAGAAACCAGGAAAAGAUGUUCAAUCGAUCAUUCAGGACAUCAGCUCCCAGCGGGAGAGAGAUGAGAUGCAAGAACUUGACCACUACAUGCCAGAGAGAGCACGCUCCCGCAGUCCUAUCAGCCGCUCUCUUAGUCCCCAUUCCCACAGCCCCAGUUUUACUUCAUGCAGCUCAGCCCCCAGCCCCCAAGGUGCAACAUGCAGGGGUCCAGAGAGAGGCAGCAAUGGUCUGGGUCCCCGCCGAGGCUCUUGGGAUUGGUCGUCACAUUUAAGAAGGUGUGAGGAUGAAAGGGAGAGAGACGACCCAUGGCGGAACGGGGGUAAUACAGAGGAUGAUCGGCCAAACGGAAGGGCAGCUGAACGUCGAAAGGCUUACCAGAAACCUGUAGAUCAUAUCAGUUCCAGAUCAGCAGAGGAGCGAGGGGGAGGUGAAGGGAUGAGGGGCAACAGAGACUGGCACCAGCGAGGUAGCCCUCAAGGCAUGACCUUCAACUCUUACAGGAACAUGGAGGAUGACUUCUUCAUCAAAGAGCAAAUUUACAAGUCAGACAAGCCACCCAGACCUCCAUACCAAAGGCAUGAUCCAAAACCAAAGAGGAGGGAUGGAAAUGACUACCACAGCAGAUUGAGGCAUUCAGAGUUUGAGAUGAUGGAGGAGCCGCUUCGUAGGACACAAGAGGACAAGAGGCAGAGCUCACCAGGCAGGGGCAGGAGCAAGAAGACAAUCAAGAAGGUCGCCACUGCAGCAAAACAGAGAGAAAAUGAAUCUGAAAGUUCUGAACGCCGGUCAAAGGAAAAAUCUGUUUCACCUCAACAAAGCGACAAGCCAAAGGAGGCAGCUGAAUGUAAUAAAGAUCAAGACACUGUGAAGGCAUGGGGAAGUGGAGAUGACACUGAUGAAGAGGAUUGGUAUCCCAAGAACAUGGAGGAAUUGGUCACUGUUGAUGAAGUAGGAGGAGAAGAUGAUUUUAUUGUUGAGCCGGACCUUGCUGAGCUUCAGAAGUUUGUGUCCUGCCCCAAUGAGUCUGAGAAGGAAGAAGCAAUAGUAAAGCGCAUGUUAACACCUACCUCCUCCCCUCUGGAGGUGCAGGAGAGAUCUGUGGAGAAGCCCAACCAGGAACAGUCCUGCACAGAAUCUGGAGACCAGACAGAAAAAAAUCCGACAGAGAAACCAGGGGAUGUUAUAAUUGCAACCAGUCCUGAAGACCUGAAACUCAGUCCUGUGACUUACGAGCCAACACUAAAUAACCUGAGUGACUUUCCAAGUGAGGAAUUCAAGGCUGCACUGGAAGAGGCAUGUUUAGAGGAUAUUGAAACCAAAAGUUGUCCUCCAGGAGAAAUAAUGGACAAUGAUAUUCAUGUACCAAAGGAUAGCAGCCCUGUGGACAUUGGACAGGUUUCCGAAUCAGUAAUUGAUGCUGUUAAACAAAAGGAUUACAGUCUUAAAAAAGAGAUCAAGGCCCUUUCGCCAUCUCAAGAGCAAGACAAAGCUGUCAAUGAACACAGCAUCCCAUUGGGAGUGGAGUUUGUUGUGCCAAGAUCUGGCUUCUACUGUAAACUUUGUGGAUUCUUCUAUACCAGUGAAGAUACAGCUAAGACGAGUCACUGCCGCAGCACUGUACACUACAGGAACCUACAGAAAUACUUGUCCCAGCUUGCAGAAGAAAGUCUGUCGGCUGCACUCGCUGACCCUUCAGCUGUACAGUGACGUCACCUUCACCUCUCACAUCUCAUACAGCAAACUGCAGAGGGGUGUAGGUGUGCUGUUAUGGCCAGACUGUUGUUAGUGACAGCAAAGAUAAUGACACUCAUGAAGGCUACCGGAUGUGGAUAAUUGCACUGAUUUUCUUAAUCGGGAAAGUGGGAUGCAUUGUUGUCCCAGGUGUUUAUACUCUCAAUAUUGUACAUACCUUCAGUGUGUUGUAUAGUGAGGCAACUGGGGCUGAUUUUUUUAUGGAAUGGAAAUUAAUUAAAAGUCUCAAAACUAAGAGGAAUAACUUUUACAUUAUGGGCAUAAAACUUUUGUCCAUUAUUAAGUUAAAAUUAACAACACUCAAGAACAUUGUAAGUGAUUACACAAAGAUACAAUUAUGGUUUAAAAAUGACUUGAAAUAUGUGUCAAAGAAUGUUUCACUCAGUUGAAAAACUGAGGCCGAUUCUCAGGUUUGUUGUUUUUGUUGAACAGAUUUAAUUGUUUAGAUUAGUAAAAAGCAUUUACAUUUUUUUUAUUUAUAUCUACUGCUGUAAAGUAUAGAUUUUAAAUUUCACAUCAUUUUGAUUGAUACUGACAGUAUGAAAAAAUCUUUAAUUAUCCUUAAGAUUAUGUUUGAUUUGAUCACAGGUCAAUCCAAGUUUCAUUUGCUGUUACUUCUCAUGCCUUAAAUAUUUAAUACGUUUAACUGGACCAUGUAUUUAUUUGUCAGAGUUAAUCAUGCUCAUCAUGUCACAGUGAUUUGUUUUGAACCACGACUACCCCAGGCUGUUAUAUAUACUGUGAAUAUGGAUCCUGUGACAUCAAUCAUGACAUUGUUUUAUUUGACAAACUUUUCAUAUCAUUUUCGAUGCAAAAAACUUGAAUAAACAAUUUGAUCUUUUAACAUAC